CUUGCUUUAUCCGUGCUUGACGUUGCCACCGUUGAUUUUGAAUGUCCUUAAACCGUCACAUUGCAGUCAUUGGUGGCGGUCUUACUGGUCUUUCAUCUGCAUUUCAUCUCUCUCGACGAUUUCCGGAUAUUUUCAUCACGCUCUUCGAGAAACAACAUCGUCUUGGUGGAUGGGUACAAAGCGAAUGCGUCGACGUCAGUCCGUCACAGCAGAUGGUCCUUGAGGCCGGCCCUCGUACGAUAAGGCCCAAUGCAAAAUCCAUUUUGGAGUUGGUCCAUCUUCUGGGGCUCAAGGAUUCCUUGAUAACAGUCCCAAGGACUGCAGCAGCAGCACGAAACCGAUUUCUUUGUAUUCCUGAGCACGAACAAAUUCAAUCUCUCCCUGCGUCUCUUUCGUCUCUUGUGGUGUCCCCAUUUCGAUCCAUAUUACUACCGGCGAUUCUUCGUGAACCAUUCAGACAAGCCAACAGAGCCCAUGGAUCGCAGGAUGAAAGCUUUGAUAGUUUUAUGACCCGUCGGUUCGGCAAGGAUUUGGCUCGUACGUUGGGCAGCGCCUUGGUCCAUGGCAUAUAUGCAGCGGAUUCCAGGAAGCUCAGUGUGCGAGCUGCAUUUCCUUUGCUCUGGGAGGCUGAGGAGAGAGGGUGGGGAAGUGUCAUCCUUGGGCUUUUGCGCUCAAGUCAGGAGGAGGACCUCGCCGACUACGAGAUGGGAGAUAUACCUCGUAACAUGAAUGGUGUAUCUGUCUUUUCUUUUCGGAACGGGAUGUCUACCCUAACGGACGCCUUGAAAAACUACCUUGUGCAGCAACCUAAUGUAAAAAUCUUGUCCGAUACCCCAGUCACCUCGCUGGAUGUGAGUGAAACAAAAAUACAGAUUAAUCAAGGCAUGCUAAAGCCUACGCACGUCGUGUCUACCAUUCCGCUACUGGCUCUUAAGUCACUUUUACCCUCCCUGCCUCAUUUGACUGCCAAUCCAUCCUCCUCUGUAACGCUUAUCAACCUCGUGUUUUCCGUCCCGCCAAAUACUUUUCAUCCACCAGGGUUUGGCUACCUUAUCCCUCGUCCCCAAGAUGACUAUUCGCUUUCCAUGCCGGGUAUUUUGGGUGUCAUCUUCGACUCUUGUUCCCUCUCCUCUCAGGAUACUCCUACCACCAACAACUCUUUUACGAAAAUUACCGUUAUGCUUGGUGGCCCGCAUCCUUUAACGGAGGAUCACACCAGGAUCCCUGUAGUGAUUUCCCAUCUUGAGAAGCACCUCGGAGCGAAGUUACCAGAUCCUGUACUAACGAGAACUCACCACCAUGACAAGUGCAUACCAACCUUGACGCUAGGGCAUGUGGAUCGUAUCUCUGAGCUGAAGGAGGUGUUAAGACGUGGCGUGUGGAGAGGAAGACUAGAGAUCAUUGGAGCUGGUGUAGGUGGUGUUAGCGUUGCAGACUGUGUUGAUGCGGGGAAAAGGGUAGGGUCUUUAUGGUAGAUGAUUUCAUGUUCAACAGCAUAUAUACUAAAUAUGUAUACUACAGACUAUUGUCGCUCCGCCAAUAACUGGGUUAAUGAAUAACGAAUUCUCAUCUUAACAUUGGACCGUGAACUCGAAAAGGUACAAUAAUUUCGUCAGUGAGGCGGGUGCUGCUCUUCUUUACAGCAAACUCCCAAAGUACCCUGAGGACGUGGCAUAAGCUUCGCCUCCAAUAAUUUACUAGCACUCACAAUAUUUUGCCGUAUAUUUCACGGUGAUAGGCGCAGAUCCCGAG